ACUAGGUGGACAAACCAUGCCUUUUCUCUAUAUUCUAGGCAUUAUGUCUGAAUCCCAAACUUCUGUAGAACUUCCCAUCGUGGAUAUUUCUCAACCAGUACACCCAUCUUCCCUGUCCUUCCUAGCAGAAGCCUGCAAAAAGUGGGGUUUCUUCCACAUAAUUAAUCAUGGAAUCUCCAUAGAUCUUUACAGCAAACUCUAUAUGCUCUCAAAAGAGCUCUUCAGCCUCCCUUCUGACACUAAACUUAAGCUGGGUCCUUUCUCUUCUGUUAAAACUUAUACUCCUCAUUUCAUAGCCUCUCCAUACUUCGAGAGCCUUAGAGUUGCUGGACCAAACUUCUUUGCCUCUGCUCAAAGUUCUGCAAAUAUACUCUUUGUUGAACAGAACUCUGAAUUCAGUGAUAUAUUACAGGAAUAUGGAAGCAAGAUGGCAGAGUUGUCAAAGAUAAUCAUAAAGAUAUUGCUGAUGAGCUUAGGGGAAGGAUUUGAGGAGUACUAUGAAUCUGAAUUCAAGAACUGCCAUGGAUAUUUGAGAAUAAAUAACUACUCUCCACCAGAGAGUUUGGAAGAUGAGGUUGAAGGGCUAGGAAUGCAUACUGAUAUGAGCUGUGUUACAAUUGUCUAUCAAGAUGAAAUAGGAGGGCUUCAAGUGAGAUCAAAGGAAGGAAAGUGGAUGGACAUAAGGCCAUAUGAGGGGACCCUAGUGGUGAACAUAGGAGAUAUGUUGCAAGCUUGGAGCAAUCACAAGUUCAGGUCAUCUGAACAUCGGGUCAUUUUAAAACAGCCUGCAAACCGCUUUUCUCUAGCUUUCUUUUGGUGCUUUGAGGAUGAAAAGGUGAUCACAGCACCAGAUGAAGUGAUUGGAGAAGGAAAUACGAGGCUUUACAAGCCAUUUGUCUCCUUAGACUACUUGAAAUUCAGAGAGAGCAACGAGAGGGGGAAGUUUGAAAAGGUUGGGUUUACUGUCAGAGAUUUUGCUGGGAUUGGACUCCAGAUUUGAUGGUUGAAACAUAAAGUUGCUUUUAAUGUGUGUUGAUCAUAUAUAUGUUAACUUUUCAUUUGUUAGUUGCCAAGAUAUUAGUGCAGACAAGGUUUCUUUAUAUGCUUUUCUGUAUGUGAUGUUAGUGCUCAGAAGAGAGAAAGAGAUAA